CGGGUUGACAAGAGAGUCUGCCUGUCGAGGCCCAGGGCGUUUUGCAUGAACUUACAUAUUCACUUUUUUGCGCUGCAUGCAUGGGCUUUGAGCAGUCCAGCUGAAAGGAAGCUGAAGGGAAAGAGAAAAGCUAGAUGGCAUUGGAGAAAGUGCGAUCAGCUCGGUUCGCACCAGUCAGUUCUCGUAGCUUUCCGCACUCUCUGCGCAGCAAGAUAAUCUCAUAGCUGCCUCACAUCUGUCCUUCACAUGACGUUCUAAAGGGUUUCUCUGCAUUUUCCCUUGCAUUAUGGACUGGACCGGCAAGCCACCCAACCAUGAGACACCCGAUGUCGAAGCGCCCCCCCCAAAGCGCAAGCACUACGUGCUCGUCAUCCACGGAACGUUCAAUGCGCCAAAACAGGGGCCUGGAGGGGAGUUUCUUGACCUCCAUCAGAAAUGGUGGGCGCCCGGAGGAGCUACGAGAAGCGGGCUCCCAUUCUGCGAGAAGCUGACAGAAGCGCUGGAGAGGAGUGUUUUGCAAGGGCGGGGAGGGAUCCCUGGGGACGCGGUCUGGGGGGACAUCUCCGAUCCCGAGAUUGAGGGAAUUACAGAGCCCUUCUUUUGGGAGGCGAAAAACUCGGAUGCGAGCCGAGAGGAAGGCGCGCAGAAGCUGGCGGAAAGGAUUAUGAAAAUCAGAAAAGCGCAGCCAGGGGCGCUCGUGCAUCUGAUCGCGCACAGCCACGGGGGAAACGUCGUGCUGCGUGCGGUUGAGAUUGUUCUCGGCGAGAUCGGGGAGGAGGGCGUUGAGCAUAUCUUCGGUGGUGUGCAAAAGCCCUCCUGUUGGAAGCGGCUAUGCCGCAGCUCUCGCACGGCGGCGGCAAACCGCAUGGCGGCGAUAUCGGACGGUCCGAAAACGGGCGUUGUUGCCGAGUUUGUGGAACGGUUUGGGGGUGAACUGGCGGAGCAACCGAGCCCCCUCGACCAGGACGAUCUUGUGCGAAUGCACUACCCGUCUCUCUCCGAUGCAAACCCCCUGGGGCGGUUGGUCUUCCUUGGAACCCCCUUCCUGACCAAACGCGAGACGCCGAACCCGGAAGCUACAAUCGCGGCGCUCUGGUUUGCCGCGACCAUUUUGACGAGUUGGGGGAUCAGUCUCAGCAUUAAUGGCUGGAACGGGAGCAGAGCGUGGCACAUUGUCGGCAACGUCUGUGUUGUCCUCGGGUUCUGCAUGGCCAUCUAUCUGGACAUGUUCCGGGGGAAGAUUGACCCGCUCAAACCGCACCGCCCUGAUGCGCAUGUUGCCGGAAACAUCUACCAUUUGACGAAGCAGCCGUGGUCUGCCGAAAUGGCGGUCCUCGUUGUCCACUCCGGGAUUUUGGACGAAGCAAACUUUGCCCUCCGGAGCACGGCACCGCUAGUUCGUGCGUACAUCGUUCCCGAGGUCGCCCAGAGCUUCAAUCUGCAGCCCUGGAAGAGCCUCCCGGCCGACAUCCGCCGGGCGACCAGGCUCCGCGACGUGCCGGUCCCGACGAACUGCUGCCUCCCUCACAAGCGCAAAGCGCAAAGCGCAAAGCACAAAGCGCUCAUCUUCAAUCUUGAGAUCAUGGUCUUGACGAUCUGGAUCGCGAUCGUCUCAUUCCUCCUGCGCCUCGUGCUGCUACCCGUGGUCUACGUGGCGAAGCGGUUUUUAAUAAGCGGCCUCCAAAAGGUUUUGGUACACGUGGUGUUGGGCACCGGAAGCGCCGAGAAGGGCGUGUCCUCUGCCCAGGUGACCGUCUCCGAGACGUUGAAACUGGAGCAGCUGGUGGAGAAAGUGCCCGGGGGGUCUGUCCUGGAGGGGAACCGACCCCCCGAGGGGAAAACCCCGGUCGUGCACUGGAACGUGCACAACUUGAUUCUGAACAACGACACGGCGUUCGGGACUCCGAGCCAAAAAGAGCCCCGCUUCGAUUUCUUGCUGGAGCCUCAGCGGUUGGCGCCGGCUGGUUCGCUUGGAGAAGCUGGUACUGGGCAACCGGGGCUCAACUCGGAUAACUCGGUGACUGGAACGCUACUAAAAGCGGGGUGUUUUGACGGGUUGGAGGAGUCGGAGAUGCAAGAGCUUUUGCUCAUUGCGCAGAUGCUGGAGGAGAGGCAAAAGGAGAUCACCGGCCAAGUAGAGGUGCGCCAUAGCUUAUACUACUCCAAAUUGGAGAUACUGGAGGCCAUGGCCGAGUUUUUGCAGGCGGGGGCGGGUAAUAACCUGCACGCGAUGCUCACGGGCUUUGACAAGAGUUCACAAAAUGCGGGCAAGCAUUGACCGUUGUGUAACUAUGCAUAGACUGCCGUUUUUGAUAGGUUAAGUUACAAAUUGUAUGUAAGCUGAGCGUAUCUGCUUGUGCCACAUGCACUCGAUGGGAUAUUAAAACAAAGGCCAUGCAUGGUUGACUGCGAAGCAGCCACCGAUGUAAUAUACUAA